CAGCUGCUGUCAACGAUUGUUUGUUAUUACGUAUGACGCUCGCGUAAUAAAUAAAAUAUUUUCAAUCUAAAGCGGUUAAAAUCGUAAAAAAAUGGAAAGCUUUUCUGUUGAUAAAAAUUACUCUUUGCUGUGCCGGGUGUGUGCUAAGGUGCAUGAAAGAAUGACACCAUUAUUUUCGAUGCUUGAAGAUGUCCUCAUCGCAAACAUUAUAACGGAGUUCACUGCCGUUCAGAUCCAGGAAGAUGAUGGUCUUCCGGAAAACGUUUGCGCCGUCUGCGUGAGUGAUAUUCAACAAUUCAUAGCCUUCAUCGAAAGGGCUAGAAAAUCCGAUCGCUCUUUGAGAAAGAUGUUCAAAGGUGAAGUGAAAUCAGAUCUCGAUAGAAUGAUGGAGACUGAAAUCGUGGACAAGGAUAGUCAGCCCAUUGAAGAGUUAGAUUUGGAGGCAGUGAAAAUCGAAACCCUGUCGCAGGAUAGCGAGGAAGAAUUGCAAGAUUUUGAAGAUGCGGAUUGUGCUGAGUUCACUGGUGAUGAUCGAUCCUGCGAGCUUGAUGGACCAAAAAUUGAAGAAACCCAAACAGAUCGAACAAAUGAUGAAGCUAGUGCUGUAAAGCAGAAAAAAAGAAGGCGCAAACGAGGGGACGAUGGAGAAUUUGAUGAAGCUCCAGAGUUGGAGACGUUAGAUGAGAUUGAAUUAAAGACAUUUCAGGUUAUCAACGUUGGUGAUAAACUUGUUUGCUGCACAUGCUACAAGCUGUAUGAUACGGCCGACGAGGUGAAGAAACAUGGCCAAAAGGAACAUGUUUCCAGUAGAAGAUCUAAAUCUACAAAAAAGCACAUUUGUGAGUUCUGCCUGCGCGGAUAUUGUUCGGCAACAGCUCUGAAAAUGCAUCGCAAGAAAGUAUAUAGUACUAAAAAAGUUUACGAUUGCUUGAAAUGUCCAACUCGGUUCACAGCCACGAAAUCGCGUCGAAAUCACGCUCACCAACACCCAGUAAUUAAAACAAAGUCAUCCAUAAUAGUGGUCCCAAUACCACUGGAAGAGCAGGAAAAAUUGGGUAAAAUCUGCUGCUCUCGGCAGUGCAGCGAGGUUUUUGAAACAGAAGAACAACUUCUUAACCAUGCGGCUGACGUUCACAGAGCAAACAAAAUUCAUUCCGAUUUAAUCAGUGUAGAACUGCGACCAGUGGAAUGCCCGGUCUGCUUCAAACGUUUCGCAGAUAAACAUGGUCUCAAAUGUCACCAGCAGAGAAUUUACGCACCCAAAAAGUACGUUUGUUCGAUCUGUGGACAAAAGUUUUUAAAUGUAAAUCAACUGCAGCGGCAUGAGCGCGAGCAUCGCAACGAGAAAAUCUUCAAAUGUGAACUCUGUCCAAAGGCUUACUUCGCAGCGGAACAUCUGAAGGCACACACGAAGCGUCAUUCGGCGACCAGGGAACACAUGUGCAACAUUUGUGGUCAAUCGUAUCUGCAAAAGCACAGCCUGCAGACGCAUAUGCUGAUGCACGAAGGAAAACUUCCGUUUGAGUGCGAUAUCUGUGGUAAGGCAUUCCGAACGAAGGCUAAACUUAUCUAUCACGCCCGGGUGCAUACCGGCGUGAAGCCAUACCAGUGCCGAUAUUGCGAUAAAGCUUUCGCGGACAGCACCAAUCGAAUGCGACAUGAAAUGUCCCACACGGGUGUCAAACCGUACAAAUGUGACCACUGCGAAAAAACGUUCAUUACCAAACGGUUAAAAAGGGAACAUGAGAGCACUCAUACAGGGCAAAAACCAUAUCGCUGCACGGAGUGUUUGGUGUCGUUUAGCACUGGAAGUGCUUUGAAAAGUCACAACACGACAAUGCAUUGCGAUACACUAGAGGUGGAUUACACGUGACGCCGAACAAGCAUUAUCUGGUGAAUAAAAGUAGGUACUUCAAAACGAUAUUUUUAAAGUAACUAAUGUCUCAGUCC